AGAUUCUCAGUGGUCGAUCCUGACUUUGUGGCUCCGUGGUCGUUGUCGAGAUCGCCAUGUUAUUUCGCGUAAUAUUACUUAUCUUCGUGCUCGUUGUCGGGAGCACACAAGGACUUGUGAAGCUUCAUGAGGCCGUCGAUCCGGUGGACGAUGGUAACCGGUAUAUAAUCGCCUUGCAGCACAACAAACGUGUUGACGAAUUCGAGGAGAAAGUAUCAGAGUUAACUGAAAACGAUGAUACGUUUGAAUAUGAAGUCUUGUGGAAGAUUGAGACAGGAUUGAAGUUCCUAUUCGUCCAGAUGAAUGAAGCCACUCUGAAUGCGAUACGUGAAUACGACGAUGUAGCUUUCAUUGAACAAGAUGGCUGGCUUCACAUCCAGAGCAAGUCAACGGGAGAAAAUAAGAAGAAGAAGAAAGGGAAGUCAAAGAAUAUACCAAAGAAGAAGAAGAAAGAUGGAACACCUACUGAUCAGUGGGGUCUUGAUCGCAUAGAUCAAAGGAAUCUUCCUCUUGAUGGCGUUUUCUCCGUAGAUCCAAGCGCCGGUAAAGGAGCAAGCAUCUACAUAGUUGGGACCGGUAUCUUUGUCCAGCACGAGGACUUUGGUGGACGUGCCAGCAACAUCUAUGAUUACAGAGGAGAAGAUUUCAACGGUCGUGAUUGCAAUGGACAUGGUACUCACUUAGCCUCGAUAGCUGCUGGGAAUAAAUACGGUGUUGCCAAGAAUGCUUCUAUCUACGGAAUGAGAAUCACCAGAUGUAGAGGCAGUGGAAAAAUUUCAGAUGCAGUCCAAGCUAUGCAAUGGUUGUCUGAGAAUUACAAAUGGCCCGGGGUUGCUCUGAUUGGAGUAGGGAGUACGGGAGACUCCCCCUCUCUGGAUAAUGCCAUACAUAGGAUCUACCUCAAGGGGUGUAUGGUGGUCCUACCAGCUGGUAACAAUAAUUCUCUCGCUUGUGACGUCUCACCGGGAAGGAUGCAAAUGCCUAUUACCGUUGCUGCUUCCACCCGGUCGGACUACCCUGUGUAUUUUAGCAACCAAGGUUCUUGUGUUGAUAUUAUAGCUCCUGGCAUGGGUAUCGAGGCAGCCUACUAUCACGGGGAUAAGACCUAUGUCGACUCUCAUGCUGGAACCAGUGUGGCCAGUGCUUAUGUCACGGGUGCGGUUGCAAUGCACAUGGGUAAUGGGAUGCCCCCGUUCAAGAUUAAAGACUACCUAUUGCGUCACGCUUCUGAAGAUCAAAUCCACCAAUUAAAAGAGGGCACUCCCAACAAAUUCCUCUAUGUGGGAAAGGUCACGUCUACGGAUGAUUACGAGAGAGUCGUCCCCAAAAUGAAGAAUGAGGAGAAAGAGGAUGAGAAAAAAAAGGAUGAUGAUGAUAAAGAAGGUAAUGAUGCUGAGAAGGACGGAGAAGAAGAAUCACCGAAUUCGUCUUCACAAAACGACGCUAAAACAGAGCUUUAACUGGAAUUUGAAUUUUUAAAAAUUAGUCAGUGCAUACUUUUACCCCUGUUCUUUUUUAGCACUUGUUUCAUUCACGCGACUUCUACAUCUCCAUACCUAUGAUGUUAUGGUAAAAUUAAUCGUGGCUGCGCGCGGCACAGGGGCGACUGUCUUCUGUGAUUUUUCUGAAAGUAGUGAGAACCGGAAAAUAAAAAGGGAGAAGAGGAAGAAAUAAGUAUGAAUAGUAUAAAAAAAAAUGAGAAGUCACAUUUAGUUUGCUUGCCACCCCCCCCCCCUCAAAAUAUCCCUAUGCCGCCCCAAUCAAUACAUACUUUUUAAGACAUUACUCUUUUAUUUCAUUAUGUAUGCAAUGGUUGCCUAAACACAGAUUAAUCAGCUACCUUUAGGUGCAAUAUUGUCCUUCACUUCGAUAAAGACUUGUGCUGUUUGGUAGUGGAUAUUAGUUUUAUAUUAUGUUAAUCUUUCUAAAUCUAUUCUUAAAAAAACUUAGUGAUGGAAAUAGUUCAUUUAUCUGAAAAAAGGCGCAUUUUUCAGCAUAGUGCUUUUUUUGUUUCACCAAAGUAUCAUGUCAUUUUGGUUAUCCUCAAGUUCGUGCUAUGUGAACCAUUUUUCAAACCGACUCCUUUUUUCUAUUGAGACUUUGAACUGAUUCUGCCUUCUUGAAAGGCCAUUUUAUUAUUCGUAUUCUUUUAUUUUUCAUAUUGAUUUUGGAGAACUUUUUCUGUUCUUGGGUUUCACAUCUAGUUUUACUUAUGCUCGUCUUUUUCGAUGUACAAGGGUCAUGUUUGUUAGGUUUUGUGCAAUAUGUGUGAAAAUAAAACAAAAUUAAAACUCU